AUGAGGCCAGCCGGAAAGCUGAACGUGGUUAUUUACGUGUUCCAGAUCGUCCUGAUACCACAGCCAGCGGAUGACGACAAGGACCCCCUCAACUGGUCAUCGACCAAAAAGCACCUAGUUCUCUUGACUGUUGCGUGGAGUGCCUUCUGUGCGGAUUUUACAUCCGCUGGUGGAAGUGCUCCAAUUAUCUUGCAGUCAAUUGAGUUCCAAGAAAGUAUUUCGACCGUGAACGAGACCAACAGCAUAAAUGUUCUCAUGAUGGCUUUAGGCGGCUUGGUCUGGGUACCUAUGACGAACAUCAUAGGGAGAGCUCCUACCCUGUUCUGGACCAACUUGUUGGGGCUUGCCUUCAGCAUCGGAACUGCGGCCUCACCAGAUUUUAAGACCUUCUACGCCAUGCGGGCAUUGACCGGGUUCUUCAUCACCUCGGGCCAGACCAUAUCCAUCGCUUUCAUCAGGGACAUGUUCUUCUUCCACGAGCGGGCCAGGAAGAUCGGCCUCUGGGCGCUGCUGUAUAUCGCAUCGCCAUUCUGGGGGCCAAUGCUCGGAAACUUCGUCGUUGGUGGCACGAACAGCUGGCAGAACGUGUUCUGGGUCUGCGCUGCCGUCUGUGCCCUGCAGAUGAUCUUCAUCGUCGCUUUUCUGGACGAGACGUGGUACAACCGAGACAUCCCCGUUUCUGAGCAACCCCCUCGUGGAAAAGGCUUUGCCUCGAGGCUAUCCAGAAUCAUAGGGGUCUGGGAACUCAGACAUCGAACCACAUAUUACCACACCGUGGUGCACUCGUUCAAAAGAUACUUUCAGAUGCUUAGCAAACCGGCUUUUUUCAUCGUCGCUGUUGCAUAUCUCCUCUACUUCAUGUGGACGAUCGGUAUCAAUAUCACCACAGGCAUCCUCUUCGGAACACCUCGUGCUGCUGGUGGCUACGGAUACUCCCCAACAAGCGUCGGAUACCUCUACUUCGCACCGGUGGUCGGGGUGUUCUUCGGCGAGGUGUUUGGCCACUUCGCCAACGACUGGCUGGCCCGCCGACACAUCAGGAAGCACGGCGGCGUCUACCAGCCCGAAGUUAGGCUGUGGAUGAUCUAUGUAUCAGCGGUCUUCAUGGUUGCCGGCCUGGUCCUGCUCGGCCAGGCACUGGAACACGGCUUGUCGCCUGCCGCUGUUGUCAUGGGCUGGGGCAUGCACACCUUCGGCAUCAUGACCACCUCCGUUGCUGUGUCGGCAUACGCCUUGGAUUCGUAUCCCGAGGCACCGGCUGAGGUGUCGGGCUGGUCGAAUUUUGCUCGUGCCAUCGGGGGGUUUGGCGUUGGCUAUUUCCAGGAGCCAUGGGGCCACAAGCUCGGCUUUGACGUCAGCUUUGGCACCCAGGCUGCUAUAGUCGGGUUUAGCACCAUUCUGAUCGUUGUGGUGCACCGUUUCGGCCCCUGGCUUCGACAGAAGGCCGGGCCUGUAGAGUAA